AUGGCCGAUUUACGGGAAGACCCGUCCUCAGCUGAACGAGUUAGCGAGGCGUUUUCGUUCCUGAGGGAACAUUUGCCAACCCCGCUGCAAAAGCCUCAUAUUGCAAUUGUGUGUGGCUCUGGUCUUGGAGGGCUAGCAAAUACCAUCUGUGAUAAGCCACGAGCUGAGUUUGACUACUCUUCUAUACCGCAUUUCCCGCAUCUCACAGUCCCUGGGCAUGCGGGAAAGCUUGUCUUUGGGCUCCUAGAUGAACAUGUACCGGUUGUUCUGAUGGUCGGACGUGCCCAUUACUACGAAGGUCAUUCAAUCAAUCAAGUGACAUUCCCUAUUCGAGUUUUCAAACUUUUGGGAGUUGAUACUUUAGUGUUGACUAAUGCCGCUGGGGGUUUGAAUUCAGAGUACGCGGUGGGCGACAUUGUACUAUUGAAUGACCAUAUAUUCCUGGCAGGUCUAGCAGGAAUUCAUCCGCUACGGGGACCAAACGUCGAAGACUUCGGUCCACGUUUCCCUCCUCUAUCCGACGCUUACGAUCUCGAACUCCGUCGUCAUGUGCAUAAGGCCUGGGGAGAGGUGAUGCACGCCGAAAGACAAAGGAGACUGCAUGAGGGUGUGUAUGCGUUCGUAGGAGGGCCCAGUUACGAAACCAGAGCCGAGUGUCGCAUGCUUCACCAACUGGGAGCAGACGUAGUUGGCAUGUCAACUGUACCGGAGAUCGUUAUCGCCAGACACUGCGGCAUUAGAGUCUUGGCACUCAGUUUAGUAACAAACAAUGCUGUCCUCACUCCGGUUCCUCGUGGAGAUGACCGUCUUUUACAGGAAAAGGGGGUUAAAGAGCUAGAUGCCAUCUUGCAGGAGGGCAAGGCAAACCACGAGGAAGUCCUUGAGGCCGGCCGCUCAGCAGCCACUGAUAUGCAGAGGCUUGUUGUACAAGCAGUAUUGAACGCUUCCAAACACGAUUAG